GUUUCGCUCCCACCUCUCAAACCCCUGUCUCCCUUUCUGGCCAAUCCCUCGUGGAAAUUCAGAUGGCUCAACACGGUCAACAAUCAAGGAAACGAAUUAAUCAUACCUGGACCGCGGAAGAGGACAAAAUACUUGUGGAUUGUCUUCUUGAAAUUGGGCUAGCUUGGAAAGGAGAUCAUGGAUUUAGGGCUGGAUUUGCUAAUCAUCUGGAGAAGAUGAUACUUAAGAAGAUACCUCGUUGUACAUUGAAAGCUAGCCCUCAUAUCACAUCAAGAAUUAAGCUGUUAAAAAAACAGUACAAUGCCAUUUGUACAAUGAUGGGGCCUAUGGGUGGUAGUAGAUUUUGUUGGAAUGACAAGGAAAAGAUAAUUAAAGUUGAGAAAGAAAUCUACGAUGAAUGGGUGAAGACUCAUCCUAAUGCUAAAGGGCUUUACAGGAAGCCAUUCCCUUACUUUGAUCAAUUAGGUGUAAUCUUUGGCAAGGAUGCAGCUAAUGGAGAUAAUGCAAAGGGUCCAGAAAAUGCCAUUGGAAAAAUGGACAAAGAAGCUGAUGUAUUUGUUGAGAGUGGGACUGGAGCAAAUGAUGUCUUUGAUCUCACGGGAGACACUCCACAAACAACUAAUUGUGAUCCAAUGCUCGACAAUGCAACUCAAGAGGGUGUGGAACAUACUCCUGUGUCUAAUUCUGUUGUUAGAAGGGCUAGGAAAAGAGACAGAAGUGAGGAGGAGGCAUUGGUUGAAGUGGUAGCUGCAAUGAAGAAGCUUAGCCAGGCUUACCAAAACAUUAAUGACAAUAUCCAGCGGUUGGUAUCGUGUUUUGAUUAUCAAGCAGAGGGAAGCAACAGAAGGAUGUCUCUUCUUGAAGAAUUGAGAAAGAUUGAACGAUUGAGUGUGUCUCAAAGGGUUCACGUUGCCAUGAUCAUGGCCAAGGACGGUUAUAUAAUAGAUCUUUUCAUGCAAGGCGAUCAUGAGGAAAGAGAUUGCUUGGUGGCUUUGUUAUUGGCUAAGUCUUUGUAAUUGAGUACUAAUCUUUUUGGAAGCCUAUAGAUGUAUAUGGCUGUUUAUAGUAAACUUAGAUGAUUUUGAUGACUAGUUGAUGAUCUUAAACUUUGUUCAUCUUAGUCUUUUUUGAAGCAUAUGUGGAUGUAUAUGGCUAUCCAUAUAUGGUUGUAUAUGUACAGCCUAUUCAAAGACAUUUUAGUUAUGCAAAAUAUGAUUUUGUAUGCAGAUUAACUUUUCUGAUUAGUUGAUGACUAGUCUAAUUAUAUUAGUGAGACUUUUGUAUGCAGAAUUUUGU